AUGACUGAUGCAGAAAACCUCCUAAUAUGCCACACGUGCGGCACGCAAUUCGACGUACCCGCCUCCGAGCCUCUUCCUAGCUGCAGAAUAUGUGACGACCCCCGCCAAUUCGUUCCGCCCACGGGCCAAGCAUGGACGAGUCUAGCUAAGCUGCGAGGACACUACGAGAACAGAUGGGAACAGGAUGCCGAAGAAAAAGGCAUGUGGUCGAUAUGGACGGAGCCGAAAUUCGCCAUCGGCCAACGUGCAAUCCUGAUCGAGACGCCCGAGGGCAACGUACUCUGGGACCUCAUCACCUAUCUCGACCCCAAGACUAUCGACUUCAUAAAUUCUCGCGGCCCUCUCCGCGCAAUCGUGAUCUCCCACCCGCAUUACUACACUACACACAUCGAAUGGGCCCGCGCUUUCGACGUCCCAAUAUAUACUUCGGCGGAGGAUAGCUCCUGGUUUAAUCGCGCCGAUUUAUCUUCAUCCCCGAUCCGCCGCCUGAUUACCCAUCCUGUCGAGACCAUCCUGCCCAAUGUAACCGCUAUAAAGACGGGUGGGCACUUCCCGGGCAGCCUGGUCCUGCUCUGGAAGAAGCAUCUUAUGGUCGCCGACACCUUCGUCACCGUGCCAUCCGGACUCUACCACCAUGAUCGACCUCCCGGUACGACGUCCUAUUCUUUCAUGUGGUCCAUUCCGAAUAUGAUCCCCCUUUCUCCACCGGAGAUCCACGCCAUGUGGAAAGCUGUUGCCCCUUUCGAGUGGGAGAGCACCCACGGCGCCUUUAGAGGAAUGGACAUCCGCCGAAAGGACUGCAAGAGCGCUGUGCUUGAGAGCAUGAAAAUUCAAGUCAAGUAUGAGGGGCAUGCCAAACAUGCCAUCUUGAAUGAAACUUGCUAG